CGUCGGUUGUCUUCGGUUCGCCCGAUUUCCUCUCCAGAAAGGAGGCGGCGUGCAUACAAACACCCAGAGGCGUGCACUUUUAUUAACAACCAAAAGCAUGUGGGGGGCACAGCAGUGGAGUCUACGCUAACUGCGCACUUUGCCGGUAACACUCUCCUUCCAAACAGUAACUCCCUCCCUCCCUCCCUCCUCCUCCCACUCCAUUCCAUCAAGCCAUCAACUACCAUCACAAAGGUAAAUAAAACGACUUUAUUAUACAGUACAGUUUAUUUCUUUAAUUAUAAUACAAUAGCACAUUUAUUAUACAUAAAAUAAGGUAUAUUUUUGUGUAGUUUUAAGGCUUAUUUAGUAGAAAAUUAUGUUUUAUGGGGACCUGGGAACGGAUUAUUCUCAUUUUAAUGGUUUCUUAUGGGAAAUAAAUGUUCGGAAGACGAACUUUUCGCCUUACACACACUUUCUGGGAACCAAUUAUGUUCGUGAGCUGAGGUAUCACUGUGUCACGAUAUAUCGCCAUUUUGAUAUUUUGUCACACCCAUAAUGUACUGUAUACAAUGCAAGGUUUGAGAAAUAUAGAAAUGCAGCUCUGCUUACCUUAGGUUUUGACUGAUCGUUUCAGACAGUUCAGUGCAGCAAAUGCUUGAAAGUGUUGGAUCUUUGACUAGCCGAACUGCAAGUGAUGGGCAGAGAAAAAUUAUGUAAAUUUGGUUACGUUUGUAAUUUACUGUAGCUGUAUCAGGACAAAAACAUUUGUAAAACUCGGAUAGAUUGACGUAUUUUCGUGUGUUUUAAUUAUGUAUUGUUGGACGAGCAAGGACACAUCUCAUAUUGUGUUAGCUUUAGCAUCGCGACCAAAUUAGUAACAUUUUCAUAGUGCCUAGUGAUACACCCGGAAUCACCAAAAAAAAAAAAAAAAGAUAGAAGGGCAACAAAGCAAUCCAAAAGUACAAAGCUAUUGCUAUACGUUUGACAAUACGCAGCAUAAGAUGGGAAACAACUGAAUUGGAAGUGAACAGAACACCGCCGUUAGGUGAGGUGGACGUUCUGGUUGCUGUAGGGGCAAGCUAACUGAAAUAUAGCAUUGUCCAAGAUGGAAAGAAAUUCAUACAAGAGUGACAAUGUGUGCAGGUGUGUAUUCGCCUCCUUUCUGUCACGACUCUAGUGCACAAGCUAACAGCUUUCAGAUUUUUCUCCCAAAGCUUUUACUGCGGAGGUAUGGUAAAUAGGCACUCUAUUACAUUCAGUUGGACUCCCAAUGUCAUCAAAAGUUGCUAAUAAACAACUUACUUCAUAAACAUACAUUUGCAGCAGGAAUACGACGGCGUAUAUAAGUGCUUAACUGUACGGGGAUGAACUGUGACAGACCGGCGUGCAGUCGAGCUGAGCUCAGCCACAUCGUAGGCUGUGUGUGAGGGGAACUUUACUUGUGUGCGUCCAUGACCAAACGUUUGACAGAUGAGAAAGUGAAGGCCUACCUCUCUCUGCAUCCGCAGAUGCUGGAUGACUUUGUGCUGGAGAGUGUGAGCACUGAGACGUUGGACAGAUGGCUGAAAAGGAAGACCAGCAGCAGGCCUGCAGAUGAUACGUCAUCUAAAGAAGUCAGCAGGUACCAGGACACGAACAUGCAGGGUGUGGUGUAUGAACUCAAUAGCUACAUAGAGCAGCGCCUGGACACUGGAGGAGACAAUAAGCUGCUGAUCUAUGAACUCUGCAACAUCAUUAAAACAGCAACAAAAGCUGACGGAUUUGCACUUUACUUUUUGGGAGAAUGCAACAAUAGUUUAUCUUUGUUCACCCCAACGAGGACCAAGGAUGGUCGCCCAAGCCUCCUCCCCUCUGGCCCCAUUGCAUUUGGGACGACCAUUGCAGCUCACGUUGCCAAGACUCGCAAAACACUUUUAGUGGAGGACAUCAUGGGGGACGAGCGCUUCCCAGAUGGCACAGGGCAUGACUCAGGGAUCCGUGUUCAUUCUGUCUUGUGCCUCCCCAUCCUCACUGCCAUCGGGGACCUCCUCGCUAUCCUGGAGCUGCAUCGGCACUGGGGAAAAGAGCCCUUCAACCUCAGCCACCAGGAGGUUGCAACAGCAAACUUAGCGUGGGCAUCAGUUGCCAUUCAUCAAGUACAGGUGUGCCGAGGCCUCGCAAAACAGACUGAGCUCAAUGACUUCCUACUAGAUGUGUCAAAGACGUACUUUGAUAAUAUUGUGGCAAUAGAUUCUCUACUUGAACACAUAAUGAUAUAUGCAAAAAACCUGGUGAAUGCCGACAGGUGUGCACUCUUCCAGGUAGAUCAAAACAACAAAGAACUGUAUUCUGACCUGUUCGAUAUUGGUGAGGAGAAAGAAGGCAAGCCAGUCUUUAGGAAAACCAAAGAAAUUAGGUUUUCUAUAGAGAAAGGAAUAGCUGGACAAGUGGCUCGGACAGGAGAAGUCUUAAACAUCCCAGAUGCCUAUGCAGACCCGCGGUUUAACCGAGAGGUGGACCUCAAAACUGGUUACACCACACGGAAUAUCCUGUGCAUGCCCAUCGUGAGCAGGGGGACUGUUAUUGGAGUGGUGCAGAUGGUGAAUAAGUUAAGCGGUAGUGCCUUCACUAAAACAGACGAGAACAACUUCAAGAUGUUUGCUGUCUUCUGUGCCCUGGCCUUACACUGUGCAAAUAUGUAUCAUCGAAUUCGCCACUCUGAAUGCAUUUACAGAGUGACAAUGGAAAAACUGUCAUACCACAGUAUCUGCACCUCAGAAGAAUGGAAAACACUCACUCAGCUCAAUCUUCCCACUCUCAUUUAUAAAGAGAUUGAAAUGUUUCAUUUUGACAUAAGUCCGUUUGAAGAGAUCUGGCCUGCAGUUUUCAUCUACAUGGUUCACAGCUCCUGUGGAAAGAGCAGCUUUGAGCUGGAAAAGCUGUGUCGAUUCACCAUGUCCGUACGCAAAAACUACCGGCGUGUGCCCUACCACAACUGGAAGCAUGCUGUGACUGUGGCACACUGUAUGUUCGCCAUCCUACAAAAGACCCCUGGGACCUUCACAGAGUUAGAGAAGAAGGGUCUCUUGAUAGCCUGCCUGUGUCACGAUCUGGACCAUCGAGGGUACAGCAACACUUAUCUUCAGAAGUUUGACCACCCGCUUGCUGCUCUCUAUUCCACCUCCACGAUGGAGCAGCACCACUUUUCUCAGACUGUCUCCAUUUUGCAGCUGGAAGGGCACAAUAUUUUCUCCAACCUGAAUUCCAGCGAGUACGAGCAGGUGCUAGAAAUCAUCCGAAAGGCCAUCAUUGCCACUGACCUGGCCCUUUACUUCAAUAACCACCAGCAACUGUCAGAGCUUCUCACUACAGGUGUACUAGAUUUAAACAACCACUCACACAGGGACCGUGUGAUUGGCCUGAUGAUGACAGCAUGUGACCUGUGUUCCGUGACCAAGCAAUGGCCAAUCACACGACUUAUUGCCAACGACAUAUAUGCUGAGUUCUGGGCCGAGGGAGAUGAGAUGAAGAAGAUCGGGAUACAGCCCAUCUCAAUGAUGGACCGGGACAAAAAGGAUGAAGUUCCUCAAGGCCAAGUGGGAUUCUACAAUGCUGUAGCAGUUCCAUGUUAUACAACACUAGCAGAUCUUUUCCCUCCAUCCAUUCCACUUCUCAGAGCGUGCAAGGAGAACUUGAACCAGUGGGAGAAGAUAGCCCACGGCGAGGUGGAGGACAUCGUUCCGAGCCGACCUUCUGAUUCAGGUCCUGUCAAGGUGGACAACUGAAAACCAAAGGCUUGAGUGACCGUCAUUACGAGUUCAAUCUGACCCCUACCACAAUCAUGAAGCUUUUUUUAGAGGGGGUAGGAGCAAGAACUUGAUCAUCAAAAAGGCGCCUUGACAUAAAAAAACAAACAAACACAAGUUACCUCAAGGGUGACGGCGGCGUCAAUGCUGACGGUUUUACCGAUCCCAGAGAUUGACAGCUAACGAGGAGGGACACAAAAAAAAUCACCCCUACAUCCACUCCGUUUGGGAAUUUAUUUGUUGAAAUUAAUUUGUGCCAUUUUUGGGUUUAUUUGGCUUUGUUUAUGUUAUUUGUUAUGGUGUUUUUAUUAUUAUUGUUCUUACUAUUAUUAUUAUGUGAGUUGAUUCUUUGUGGAUUUGUAUUUGAGAGGCCUUACACUGAACAUUUCACAGUAAGGUGAUGUGAAACCUUGUUGUGUAGGUUCAUAUCCUUUUAAAAUGGUACUGUUUGCCUUCUGUGGUAAAUGAGUCACUACUACUUCAGCUAGGUAUUCAGAGACAGAAGGAAUGUGUAGUACAUUGAACAUGCAUGGUGUAAUAAUGCCACCUUAGAGAUGAGGGGGACAUCAGAAUGUUUUUCUUUCUUACUUUUGAGCAAAAAUCCUUUGCAGUACUUGAAUAAAGACACAACCUGUUUAAACACAGAGAUGGCAGAAAUCCCGCACCAUAUAUUUUAUAACAAACAAGGAUGAACUGCGACCAAGAGAGGACGGGGAUUACUGUACGUCAACGCUGUCACAAGAGAGUCACGAUGUUUGGCUCUGAAGUUGACCCUUUCAUCCCCCACCCCACCCCCUGCCAUCACAGCACUGCCCCCAGGCCAUCGCUAGCACUUGGAACCUGCUGCAAGCAGUCACAUAUGUUUAAGACAGCUUUUAUAUGGAAUUUCCAUACAUACAGUAGAACAGGAUUGGUGAAAGUGAGACUUGAGCACUCUGUCGUCAGUGUCAAAUCUGAUAAGCUGCAUGUAACUCUGGGAUUGUGCCGCAAGAUUGUUGCUUGAGUUUUUGCAGGUGUGUUUCACUCGAACGCCAACCGCUCGUUCUCCUGCAAACGGUUUUCCAAGAUCUUCCUGAAUACAUUUUAAGCUGUCUGUCCUUUGCGGUCAUUCCAGUGGACUUAGUCCCUCUAAUUAUUUGAUUCACUGACGCAAAAGUGGCCCCAACAGUGUGAAUGUACACUUUGUUCAUUUUCAGUGGAUAUAUAAAAAGUCUAGACAACCUUCUUCAAAUGUCAGGUUUUAGGUAAAUCAACUCAUAACUUUGCACUAUUGAUGAUAUGUAAUUUAAUUCUAUUGGAAAUCUUUUCAUUAGGGUAAUUCAAACACUUGUUGACGGGGUUGCACAAGUGUUUUUGUUUCACUAAUCAAAUUCAAAUAUUAAAUGGGAAUCGGGAAACCUUUGCAAUCUAAGUCCCACUGUCACUAUUUUUUCCGCACUAAUUAAAUGGUUAAAUCUUGUCAAAAGAUAUUCAAAUACUGUAUCAAUUAUAAAGACUCACACAUAGGGAUGUCCCGAUCACAUAUUUUUGCACUGAGUCAUUUUUGUCUGAGUCACCUGAUUUCGAGAAUCUAAUCAUACCAACACCCGAUCUGAUAUAAAAAAAAUUAUAUAUAUAUAUAUAUGUAUUUUUUGUUUUUAUUUUAACAAAAGUUCCAAACAUGUCACAGUACUGUACUUUUUACAGUACAUCCUCUUCCGCUGUUUACAGGAGUGUUGCAGAGUAUAAAUUGGAUAUAUUUUUGUAUCUUUUGGCAAUGACAUUGUAUUUCUGGAUUAUUUUGUUACUUUUUAGCACUUAAAAAUUAAAAAGAUAAAUAAAAAUAGGCCUGAAUGAUAUUGGAAAAAUCAAUAUUGCGAUACAUUUUACCAAGGCUCCACACUUACUUUUUGUAUUGGUUGCACAUAACUUUCUUCAGGUGCACCAACACAAAAUGUAGCCGCACAAUACUCUAUAGCCCCUUUCACAUACACAGUUUAGGCCUUGUAUGUGAAAGCCAUUUCCCGGGUCGACCGACACUGAAAUUACGCGGACAUUUAACGGGUCGCGUCUUAAUAUAAUGUCCGGGAAAUGUGUGGUUUAUUUUGUUGCCGAUGUUAGGGUCCGCAACUGCGGGAACAAGGUUGUACCUAAGUGCAGAAAACAAUGGAGGGAUGCGUUCAAGGGUUUAAUAAAUACAAACAAAGAUACAUGCAAUCGCGGAAAAAGGGGAAUAACACAAUGGGUCAAUGACAGUAGGUCGACGGGGCAGGCAGAGAGCCUGUAAGACAACAAAAACAAAUACAUUCAAAUACCAGCACAACGCAGUGGAUUUCAAAACAAGGGCGGCAGACGAACAAGCUAUCAAAUGCACGAAAUUCGAGAGUACGAAGUGCCGAAUGGCAACCAGCAAGUUAAUAUUUUGGCACCCUUCUUUUGGAUCGCCUGGGCUUAAAACCAGUCUUGGUGAGCAUGAAUUGACUGCAGGUGCGACGUUAGGAAGCUCCCACAACCGACUCUGUAACAAAACACGAUUUGAUCAACAUAGUGACAACAAAUGCCAAACAAAAAUGAAGUAAUUUCCAGGUUCUAAAAUCGCGCCAGCAGCCCUCCCAGCACAGAGAGCGCCAGUGGGCAACACGGGACAAGUUUGUGAAAGUGUCCAACCCCCGUCAUUCCGGGAUAUCUCUACAUACGUGAAAGCAACGACUCGAGUAAAUCCCGCGUCACCUUACAUGGUAAUUUACCGGGAUAUGUUUGUGAAAGGGGCUUAAGGUGGGCGUGCUCACCACUGUCCCAUCGUGCCGCCUUCAUAAUGUGAAUUAUUUUUAAACAAAAAUAACGUAGAAAAAUGCUUGUCUUUAUUAAAUGCUUCAUGGAGUGAGUCCACUCAAAUUCACCCUCGCUGCCGAGAACAGCCUGUCACUGGUAAGAGUUGCCACAGACUGGUGUGUAACAAACUAAACGAUGAUUGACACAUUUGCGCCUUUGAUCAUAGAACUACCGAGCCCUCUCUCGUUAGAUCAAAACUACAAAUCUGUCGUUAACUUUAAGUACCAAACACCAGCUGGUGACUAAGGAAAAAAAAAAAACAAGCUUGGUGGCCCUGCAGGAGGGCAAUGAGACGAGCAUGAACCAGAAAAAGAAAUAUAUUUUUUAAAUUAAAACCCGAUCCUUCUCAACCAAUUCCAAUCCUCUGAAAAAUCAUGAUUGGCCCAAUUGCUGAUCACGUGAUAGCAUCGGGACAUCCCUACUCACACAGACCCCAUAACAAUAGAAAUUCUGCAAUUGAAAAUAAUUUUUGUAGCAGUUUGCUUUAAUAUAGUUGAAACCGAUGACGUAUCAAAAGGAAAGAAUUCAGGCAUGAGGAGUAUGAGUCAGUGAAAACAUUAAUUGAGACUCCGCUUUAUUGUGCAAAAAACAAAAUUGGAAUUUGAAAAUGAAAGUGGGUCAGGGAACAGAUUCAACCAUACAGGCUCAGAGACGGAGGCUAAAGUGCGGAGUCCGACACGGAAGCAUUACCUUAGCCUAGAAUUGGCCUACUGAAUACUGAAUGGGAAAUAGAUUACAUUUUAAGCCCAUCGGCUCACCACAACAGGAAGUAUAACGAUUGAAACAUGAAUAAUUGACUGAAAAUAUUAAAAAUCUGGUUAUUUUUACUGGUGCACUUUUGUGAUGGGCCAAGAACGCAGGCCAAUGCCUUUUCAUAGACUCCACUAUCAGGUGACAGGGCUCUGGACAAAUCCUUAGGGGGCCUAUUUUCAGAAACCUAAAAUUCAAAUAUUUUCAAAACCAAAGCCGCUAGCGACCUAAAACCAAAAUAGGCACCUCCCUUAGGCAUAUAUAAGUCUCCAUGAGCAGCGACAUCAAAAAAUCCAAAGUCGUUCCCUAAUAAAAUCCUGAUGAUUUUUUUAUACAAGUAUAACAAAACUUAAAAUGGCUAUAAAAUUCUCAAAUUUUACGCUAGAUGCACAAAAAUCACCAGAUGCAGAUAUAAUCACCUACAUUUUCAGAAUCAAUAGCAAUAUUUAACAUAUACGUUUUUACACAAAGUAGCAACUUUAUUUUUUUUAUUUUUUAUUUUUUUCAAAAGCUAAUCACUCAAUUUUCACAUCAGAAACAUAAUACUUUAGGAAAAAUGCAUCAUAAUUUUACUCAACUAAAGCAAAAUUUGCAUUUUUUUACACUACCGUUCAAAAGUUUGGGAUCCCAACAGUUUGGGAUCCCAAACUUUUGAACCGUAGUGUACAUAAUGAAAAAUCCCAUAUGAUACACUACGGUGGUGUAUUUACAAUCCCAACUUAUUUAGGUUGAAUUCCGAUGUUACUAUUGCUUCAGCACGGAGGCAUGUCUUGCCGGCUAUCUGGCCCUCGUUGUUUUUAGAUUGAAAUGUUACAUAAAUAAAACACGUAAAAGGUGAUUUUUUUAUUGUAUGCACGCAGAAAUGUCUAAAUUACCACAUUUUGCCAAAAAACGGGCAGUUGGCCAAAAACUACAUCAUUUGAAAGUAAACUUAGGCUACUGCGUAUGGAUACAACAUGGCGGGCAUCAAAUAAACAAAGAGCUUUUAAGUUGAAAAUUCUUGUAAAUAAAUGCAUACAUCCCGCAAUUUCUAUAGAUAUGAACAAAAGAAAAAAACGAGCAGUUAUCAUUCAUUUUACGUGAAUAUUUCGAGGUAAAAUUACGCUAUUGUGUAAAUCCAACGUGGCGGCCAUCACAAAACAAAGUCUAUUUAAUUUGAAAAUUCUUGUAUAUAAAUGCGUACAUCUCAGAAUUUCUAUAGAUACAAACAUAGAACAGUCUAUAUUCUUGGUUAAAAU